GUACCUAAGAAAAUGUGAUGCUAGAUAUGAUUGGCAAAGACAUUAUUAUAUCCUUGCUGUCCUGUCGUUUCGGGAUUACUAUGACGUCACGCUGAUACUGUUCCAUGGAUGAAUGCAAAAGAACUAUAGAGCAGAAAAUAAUACAACAAGCCGAGACUAUAUCUUGCAAGACUUACGUUAUGGGUUUAACCCUCCUCAGCUAAAAGCACAACAUGUAGGUUCUUUCUUUCUUUCUUUCUUUCUUUUUCCUUGUGAGGAUCAAAAAAACUCCAUAAAGCCCUGAAGUAUAUGCUAGAUGUGGGACAUUUCUAAGUGCAAUCAUUUAUUAUUGAGUAAAAGGCCAAACGUGGGAAUGUGUGUGAGAAGGUGCAUUUGAAGUACAUUUUGGUUACAAUCGAUCAGCAGGAGAAAAAAAAAACAUUGCAGAUGUUAACAAAAGGAGCAGCAAUGUCCUUCUCUCAGUUUGGAUAUCCUUACAACAGCACUUCGCAGGUAAGGAUGGGCAACAUUCACCUUCCAUUAGGUCUUUUUAGCUCAAGUUCCAUGCCAUGCAUAGUUCUCAUUUGAGAUAAAGUAUUUGUAUUUGUUACAUGUUCUGCAGGACCACAUUUGGGCAAAGUUUGGAUUUUUUAAUGACCACUUCACUCUGUUACAAAAAAACAAAAAUAUUUAUCUUUACGGCGUUGUUGUUUUAUAUAAACUGCAUUUCAUUAAUUCCACAUCUUUCAUAAUGAUACUAGAUAGCUAGAUAGACAGAUAGACAGAUAGACAGAUAGACAGAUAGAUAGAUAGAUAGAUAGAUAGAUAGAUAGAUAGAUAGAUAGAUAGAUAGAUAAGCUAUAGAUAUUCCUACUCGUCUGUAGUGUUGUACUCAUUCACUUUAAAAAAAAAAACGCUUUUCACUAUCAAUUAUAACUUAGACAAGUCACUCUCCAUACACGAGUUAUGGAAAUUGUAUUAUGUCAUCAUAACUAAUAUGCUGUCUGCAAAUAUGUCAAAAUGCGAUGCUCUUUCUGAUUUGUUUUGCUUACUAUUAUAAAGCGUGCGAUUCAAAGCUUUUAGUUUUCGUUCCAUUUCUGCAUUCUUGUCGUUUUUUUAAAGUCGUUUCAUAUUGAUGUUAUAUCUGUGUUUAAACAACAAAUUAAUUCUGUAAUCGUUUUAUUUAGCAGACGUUUAAACUUACAAAUGUAUGUUUUUGUUUCUAUAUAUUCUUUCGCAAAUGACGUCCAGACACAGCAAGGUGUUGUUGUCAGGCAGAUCAGGUAAAGUAGUAUCUAUAGGCAAGGUGCAGCCCAGACAGCAGUGAGGAAUCACAUAGUGGUAUAGUGAACAUACCGGUACUUCACAAUUAUCCUUCAAUUACUAUAUCUACUAGUUAUUAUUUAGUGUGUUACUGUAUUUAAAUAUUUUUCUAUAAAACAAAAUGUUAUAGUAUCAGUUUCAAACUUUAAAAUUAACAGUCUGAAAACGGUGCCCUCGAAUUCAUUAAUAACAAAUACAAAUGAAUUAUAGGCCAUGUAUCGCCUCUGUGUAACAUUUAUAACGUUAUUAUUUUUUGUUCUCCCUCUAUCUCUAUUAAUCAUAACCGUGUUUAAAAUUAUCUUCAUGCAGUUUUUUGUGUCUGCAAACCCCAGCACGACUUGCUAUGAUUCAGCCUCCAGAUCGGUGCCCGAUGGCUCUUCUGGUACAGCCCAAGCUGCAGCCGCUUUUUGUUGUCCGUCUUAUGAGAACAGAUUGCUGGCUAGCACUCGAACUGAGCUCAACGCAGCUCUGGGCAUGUACGGCUCUCCCUAUGCAGCAGCCAGCCAGAACUAUGCCAACUAUUUCCCCUACAGCACAGACCCGUCCACCCUCUAUUCAACACUGAACCCUCAGUACGACAUUAAGGAUGGUGCUGGAAGUUUGCACUCGGGAAUUGCGCAAUCUGCUGCCUAUUACCCCUACGACCACUCCCUGGGGCAGUACCAGUACGACAGAUAUGGCACCAUUGAUUUUAAUGGUUCAGCCAGGCGCAAAAACGCCACUCGGGAAACCACUAGCACACUCAAAACGUGGCUGUACGAGCACAAGAAAAACCCUUACCCCACCAAAGGGGAGAAGAUCAUGCUGGCCAUCAUCACCAAAAUGACUCUGACCCAAGUGUCCACCUGGUUCGCCAACGCCAGGAGGAGGCUGAAAAAGGAAAACAAAAUGACCUGGUCCCCAAAGAACAAACCUGGAGACGAGAGGAAAGAUGACCUUGAAAAGGGAGACAGGGAUGACUGUGACCUGGAAAGCCUAGAUAAAGAUUCGAAAGAAUGUAAAGAGAGUGAUUCGAGGCUGAGCGAUCUGGAUGACACAGAGGAUGAGGAAUGUUCAAAGCUGGACAGCGACUGUGAGAAAACACCUCACCAAGGCCAGAGCCUCCAGCGAGACAUGACGGCGGAGCUACAGAAAACGGACUGCAACUUGAUUAUUACGCGCAAUCAUGUUCACGCGUUUUCAUGCAGUAAGAACGGGACGUCGAUGGAGUCGGGUGUCUUAGAAAACGCAAUAACUAAACAGUCAACCAUAGCACCAACCACUGGCGUUGUCCCUCAUCAUUAUGAAACAUCAGACAAACCCAGAAUUUGGUCUUUAGCGCGUACUGCAGUCACCGGUGUUAUUUUGGGAACUCAUAACAGUGAAGAAAGGAUUGUAAAUGCAGACUGCCAGCUCCAAGAAAGCCAUUCUAUGGUUAGUGCCGCACAGUGUAGCGAACUAAAGGUCCAGCAAGAAGCGAGGAGCCGGUCUACCAAAGGGCAUGCUUUGGAGGACUUCCGACAGUCUAACAAGGUUUAUAGAACUUCCAUUUUUAACCAGAAGUCUCUCCAGUUGCAUUGUUCUUCGUUUCCUGUGUUGUCCGAUACGUGCCAAUAUUCGUCAGGAAUGGGAGGUUUUUCAAGAAAUGUGAUAUCUGAGCAAGGACCCACAGAACUCAAUGAAGAGUGCUUAAUACAACAGGAGGACAAAAUAACUGCAUUCAUGCCCGUGCUGAAGAGAUGAGGUUGGUCGAGAUCUAUGCAGUAAAAGGUGGAAAGUGUAUGUAACGCCUUCAAUUAUGCACUAAUGAUCUUCUGAGAUGUCGAGAGAUGGACUCCGCAACUACUAAACGAAUUGCCCAUGAACAUUGCCACAUUCUUUAACGAUUCCAACCCGACACUCCGGGAGCUCGAUGUAGCCCUGGCAGCUUUGCACAAUUUCGUUUUAUGGUAUUGACUGUCAGGAGGUGUAAAUGAAGAGGAGGAUGCAAUCGGAUAGCAACUAAAACUAGAUACUUAUUUAUGCACUGUAUAAUAAUUGUAGUUAUGUAACACUUGGUUUCUUGUUGUAAAUCAACGUCUUCCUACCCCAUGUGGUCAUUUUAAUUGUUAUGUUAAAUAUCAGUGUUUUGAUGUGUUACUGUGUGUCAGAAUUUAAACGCGUAUUGGAUGUUUUAUCUUUAUUUUAAAAAUAUUUUGUGUCUUAUUAUGUGUAUGUAAUGGGGGGGGGGGGCGUGUGUUACAAUAAUGUGUCGAUAUGCGACUUGUCUCUUGGUCAUGUAAAAGAAAAUAUUUUAUAGAAUUUGAAAAAAAAGAACUUGACAAACAAACCUUGUUUUCCGAGUGAUGAUUCCCUGUUUAAUGUUCAGACAGCAGACCUAUGUGUAGCAAGUUGAUCAGCUUGACUCGGCUCUCCAAAAAGGAACAUUGUUAGUACAUAAUUCAGUCAAGAGCAUUAAUGAACUUUACAAGGCAGAAAAGAAAGAGGACAGCGUUUGCACAUUGUUUUUAUUUAAUGAGAAGUGGCAUCAAACUCUUUCAUACAGUUCACACUAACAAACGAGGCAGGAAUGCGGGAUGAAUGCGUCUUUGUUUCCUGUGUCUGGGAGCCGUUGCAAUAAUAUAAUAAUUGUGGCAACUAAGGGGUCAUCUACAGAUCAAACCAACAACACCCACCCUCGGGAUUCAUUUGGGUCCACGUUUACAUGAUCUCGUUUGUGGUCGGUCAAUAGAUCUAUGUCAUGAUUUUGUUAUUUAUUUGUUUUUAAAGGAAAUGUCAGCUGGUAUGAAUAUGCGCCAACUAAACGAAAUGCAUGAGAAAUAAACACAAACUCCUGCAGCACAUUUUAAACACCGUCUUGUUUUAUUUUUAUACUGUGCACUGCAAAGACAUGUCAUAUAAUUUUGGUAAUUUUUUUAUGUGAGUCUAAA